AUGUUUUUUAUUAAUGGACAAAAUAACGAUAAUCUUGUAGUGUGUAAUCGAAAUUCAAUGCCACAACAAGACUCGCAAAGAGAGUGCUUUUUGCCUCCUUCCCAAUUGUGCACUUCUCCAACACACACAUUCAUUCACUCUGAUGUUAACACUUCUGUUCCUUCUCGAUACCGACUUCCAUUGCCAGAUGCUUUCAUUGUUUCUUCAUCAGCUUGCUCAUCACAGAAUUCUCCUACAAACUUAAUUAAAAAUAAACAAAAUUUUGUUCAACCGUCAUUGCCCUGUUGUAGCAGUAAUUGUUCUUCAAUAAGAACUGUAAAUUCUGGUACUAGUUAUUCUAAUAAUAGUGAACAACAGAAUAAUUUAAUUAAAAUGUCUGAUGGAGGGAUUAUCAAUCAACUAAGGCCUUCAAGUAUUGGAAGUACUGCAAUUGCAGAUCCUACAAAUUCUGUUAAUGGAUCUAUUACAACUAAUUCAUCAGCUGCUCUUAUAGCUGAAACUUUACAACAAAUUGACCGUCUUGGAUUAGAAUUGGAUAAUUAUUGUACAGGAUUAGAUAUUGAGAGUAAUGCCGAAGAAAAGAAAUAUUUUGAUAAACAAGAAAAUAUUCAUACUGAUAAAAACAAACAAAAACUUCCUCCACCAGUUCCGCCUAAGAGAAUUGAGAAUUUCUGUCCACCAUCUAAUGUUCGAUUUAGAAAUGAUUCUAAUUUUUUUGGUCAGGAACAGAAUAAAACCGUUCAACCCCCUCCAUUACCAGAGCGAAGGAAUUCAACAAUCUCUGCUGCUACCCCAACAGCACCAAGCAUUGCUGAUAUCCGUUCUGCUUGUGUCAUUCCUCCUCUCAGCUCAAUGACUAUGUCAAUGCCAAUUUCUUUUAAUUCAGCAAUACCUUCAAUUAAAAAAGAACCUUCACAAAUAUUUAAUCAUGUGCCAAAUCAAACUGAGACUUUAUUUUCAUUAUCUAAUUAUCACAAUCAAUAA